UUUUCAAGUUGAAAGUUUCAACGUAGCCACCACCAAUCCGCAUCCAUGCUAUCGCGGCUCACGAUGCUGCGGACGCUCAGCGCUCGCCUCGCGCCAGCCACCGCUGCUCCAGUGCUCUCGGCUGGUUACUCUUCGCCAGCCGCCAGCCGCCGCGCUCGACGUCUGCGCAGGUCAAAAACUAGCGCCAAAGCGGUCAAGAGUUCGGCCCCGGACCCACGCACACCUUCCAUUUUGGCAGACAUCGACCAGCUCUCGCGCAACGGCCUGGCGCAGCGCGUGGAAAUGCCGACAGAUCUGCUGGAGCGAAUCACGUCCAUUGUCCGUAGCCGCACGCACUCGCAGCUCGAGAUGCUGCGCCAGAAGCACGUGGGCGACCGCCGGAAUACGCGCCAGUUGCCGCUGGACAUGAGCAAGACACCGCUGGGCUGGACCAUGGACCGCAGCCAGCAGAUUCCGCCCUUUGCUUAUGGACCGGCCGAAACGCUGGCCUUCCUGGCAUUCGAAAUGGAGGCCACCUACGCCUGCACUCACGCCGUAUUCACGGAGCUGCAGAAGCGACUACCCGACUUCAAUCCCAAGUCCGUAUUGGACUUCGGUGCUGGACCCGGCACGGCGUCCUGGGUGGCCAAGGACUUCUACGACCAGUCGCUGGACAAAUAUCGCGUGGUGGAGCCCAGUCAAUCUAUGGUAGACGCUGCUGAAGUGCUGCUCGAGGGCUUCCCGGGCCUCAGUAUGCGCCGCAGCAUCGCCGACUUGUCCAGAGACAUUGAUGCGGGCAACAAAUACGACCUCAUUGUGGUGAGCUACGUGUUCUCGGACAUCAUCAACGACUUCGAGCGUGUUGCGACUACUUCGGCGCUGUGGGAGCUACUGAGCGAGAACGGAUGUCUCGUAAUUGUAGACCGCGGCAGUCCAUGGGGAUCGCACCACGUACGAUCGGCCCGUCAAUUUGUGUUGGAUUCAGUUGCAGAGGAUGAGGAUAGCAAGGAAGGCGUACGUAUUCUGGCGCCGUGCCCGCAUCAUGAUGAGGUCAGUACUUGGGUCAGCUGGAUUUGUGUUGAUGUGGUGACUAAAACUAGUUUUUGUGUGGUGUUUUCCAGUGUCCCGUAGGUGGGAGUACGUGGUGUCACUUUGUGCAGCGCUCACCUGUAGUGAAUCGUCCUCGUGAGGCGACUACUAAGCGUUGGCAUGGUCAGAAGGGCUCCAAGUUCUCGUAUAUGAUUAUGCAGAAGACUCGCAAGGGAAGCGAGGAAGAUGAAGCUGCAAAGAAGAAGAAACCGAUUGCACGCAUGCUCAGAGGACCUCUUCUUGCUACUCGCCAUGUGCAUCUCGACCUGUGCACUCCGGAGGGAAAGUUUGAGCGUCGUAGUGUUACCAGAGGUAAGGCGGUUCGCGAGGUGUAUCGUGCAUCGCGUAAGGCACAUUGGGGAGCGCUAUGGCCAGCUGAUGAGUCCAGUUACCUGAAGGACAAGUAGAAUCAGAGGUGCCAUAUCGUUUGGCUAAUAGACGCAGAUGACAAUAACGGGGUUCCUCUACAGCAAGGAUGUUUCUUCAAGGCAAAUGUCUUAGUCUUAUUGGACACUACGACUACAGCGGGUGGAUGAUACUGCGAUUAUCAGUCGUUCUGCUUAAUCCUGUUCCGAUUCAAACAAAUUGGUUGAUGCUGAUAACGCCAGGAAUAAGACGAUGAUGAAGAAGGGAGCAGUACAUGUACAUUGACGGUGGUACAUACUCGCGAACAGCAGACCGCCAAAUUUUGGCGGUUAGCGCAGUUCUGGUUGUGCGAAUGAUGUGUGAUGCUGCCUACACCCAACAGUUGGAGCGGUGUACGGCUCCAACAUCAAGUGAAAUUUGAAUUAGGACACGAUCUUGAAUAUUCGGCGGUUGGGCAACCUUUUGAUGCUAGACUCGAUUGAAGAAUGACAGGAGUUUUAUUGCUAAUUUAAGUCUUACUUUUCUUAAUCGGUUUCAGCUUGUGGAGAUGUCUGCACCAUAACAUUCAAUUCUAGCACCGGACAGAUUGGAUGCG